AUAUAUAUAUAUAUACACAUAUUAUUAUAAAUUAACUGUUACUGUAGCAUGUAACCAAACGAAACGAUGCAUUGUUUAGCUUUAAUUUGUUAACCAGUGUACCUACAAAGUAUUCAUACACGAUUGUCUUUCAUUUUCAAUCGAUGGUAAUAUUAUUAGCAUAAUGGGCGAGAUAAAAAUUAUUUGUAGAACUCUGCAACUCAAUGGAAGACCACAUUGUAGCGGUGUAAUGCGACACGCAUAAUUUUUAACGUCUUAUUGUGCUGAAAACAGUAUUAGCAGUUGAUAGCAAAUGGCAAAGGUAUAUGAAUAUAUAUUUUUCAUAGUACACGCAGAUCCAAUUAACGAUGAAAGAAACAGUUUGAUAAGAUUUACCGUCCAACGGAAUUCACAGACAUUUACAAUCCAAUUAAGCUCGUGGAUUUUGAGAUACACGAAUCAAUUUGCUUCCCCUGGUUAACAAGUUAUAAAAAAAAGAAAAAAAAGGAAACGUUCUGAACGUUUCGCUUAUGUAGCUUACGAAUUCUAAACGUAGAAACUGUAUAUCUAAAAAUAAUAAUAAUAAUAGUUUCCGAGGAGCGCAUAUGUACGUAGACCACGGACGCGUGUAAAAUUAUCGAGAAAACAGCGAUUUAGAAAGGGACUCGUGAUCAUUCUAGAUGUCAGUCAAUGUAAAUAAAUCUUUUUUUAGCUGUAUAAAAAAAAAGAGGAACAAGUACAUCUUCAGAAUCCAUUCCACGUUAUCAUUUAAAGCCGAUAGCCGCCGAGUUUUCACUUCGCUGACUUUCUUUGCGUAUCUCGGGACGCGAGUGUCGUUCCGAGUAUUGUUUCUAGACGAUGAUAAGAGCCCGUUGGUUAUCAUGUCGCGGGUGCAACACCACGAUACCGUAUGACGUGGUUUUCAUUGUAAAAUCUCGGAGAUUAUCAGCCGGAGGAUCUACUGUAAAGAGCUGGCAUUAAAUUGUACGCUGACUUUUUAAUGAAUCUUUCACGGGACAAUGGAAUCCUCUAUGGUUCCCUUAAAAUUUGCGUAGUAAAUCGGUAAGCUCCCCCAUUUCUCUCUUUCUCUUUCUCUUUCUCUCUCUCUCUCUCUCUCUUUUUCUCUCUCUCUGGUACAACACGACGAAACCGAUCGAAAGUCACGGUAAUGUUUUGUCAACAUUUACCCGUGGGGACGGCUUGCAUUAUUUAGCGUAGAAUCAGUUGUGGUUUACGACGGGGCAGGUACAACCUCACGGAGCAAUGGGUACCACGAUAUUGUGCGACUUUAUUAUCGUUCUAAAUAGACUGCGAAUUUGAUGCAUUUCAUCGGCCACCCGAGUCCGUUGGACAUGACAAUGCAAAUGUUACUCGCGAUCGGGUGAGAUCCGCCAAGAAAAACUGAAUCGCUGACAAAACGAGACCAGAGGGAACGUUCAUUUCCGAAAGAAAUCCGCAGUCUAGUUUUACAAGCUCACGGAGAUCGUUAACAGAUUCGACUCGGAACACGUUGUAGAAUAUAUCGUAAAGUUACGCCGUAAUAGAAUUAGAGGAGCGAAUCGUUGGAACGACAGUGUCCAAGAUAGAAAUCAUUCGUCGUUGACGGGACGAGGAGACGGGAGACUGGAUCAGGACUCGUCGGGUAUUUUCAUUUUGAACGAUAAUCGAAUUACCGCGUUUUUACACUAUCGCUAUUGGUCAUCCCGCGAUCUAAGGUCAUUGGUCUGUUUACUGCGCAUACCUAAUGGGAUUCGUUAAUUUUAAAAUAUUAACGGAUGCCCCGUUCUUGCCCGCGGUCACUGUCACACCGGUGUUUUGUAGUGCGAGGAUGGUUGUGUGUUGGAUGGAGCAUGGAUUGCAGUAACCCGAUUGUUGUUAUUUAUUCUUAGAUACGUAUAUGAAUAGAAUAUUUACAGGUAUCAAAUUCCAGAUAAAUCUCGAACAUGAAAAUUUGAACGUAUUCCCCAGUCAGUAAGCAACAAGUAUAUUAGCCACCGAUGCCAUACAAACGAGGCCGACCGUCAAAGUGUCAAGUGUAGUUUAAGAAAGAGACACUAUUAGAUUAGCUAAACGUUCUCAAUUUAUACCGUUGAAACGCAUGCAAUCCCCAGCCUGGCUGUAGAUCCAUCCACGUUACACUCACGGUUGCAAAACGAAACCCUAAGUAAGCAAUCCUUAGCCUAGCCGUCGAUCCACGAGCGCAAAGCGAAACCCCGUAAGUCGCAUCUUCCUUGGAGCAGGAUCUCAGAAUGAGUCCGCCGAAGGUGUCCCGAGGAACGUGACUUACAUCGUUUCGCCUUGCAACCGCGGCCACGCGAAGAGCGCGGCGACGAGGAGGGCGAGGAAAGGGGGAAGGGACGCGGAGCCCAGCGAACGCUCCAAGAAUGAUUUUCGUCGGUGGCGCUUCGGCUGGUCAUUUCUGUCUCCGCCGGCAGCACCGGCCCACCUCGAGCACCGUCUCCGUCACCGGCGUGUUCCCACCCCCUUCCCCGUUCUGCGGGCAGAGCGACGCCUCCGCCGCGGCGCCGAUCAAUAACGUCGUUCUCGGCGACGCCGGCGUCGGGGAGCGUCGCUGCGUGGAGGGUGCCCUCGCAUCCGCAAGCGAUCGACGUGUCCGCCGCCACGAAUGUUGUACUCGGCCGCGUACGAAAAGGAGCGUCGCCGCGCGGUGUGAAAACCGUCUGGGAAUGCGACCGCCUCGCUCGACGCCGUUCACCAAAACGCGACUUAUGUCAAGAGGCAGCGGCCGACGCGGCUGCGACCACCGGGAACCGAGUGUUUCGCCCUGGGGAGAUCUCUAGGACCCACCCACGACGACACGAUGGCCAAAAUGUAUCAUCAAAGAGGUUCACGCGCUACUAAGAAACACACGCUGCGUACGAUGAAGCGUUCCCGGGAAAGUUAGCUGCAAUAGAUAAAGAAGCUCGUCGUCGGAUGUUCCCAGGCGCAAUGAACGUAGGGGAGAGCCGGAUACCGGUGCCACGGGCGGCCAGGCCCUCCUUCUUCCCCAAGUCAAGGUUGCUCGGCACCCCGACGCUGGUGCCGGGACACCGACGCUCGCUGGUGCUCUCGGGAUGUUUGCAGUUCGUUGAUGCGGAGGGCGAGCCCACCAAUCCCAAACUAAAGGCCGGGCCACGCAGGGCGGUGUCCACGCCGAUCGAAGAUUCGGGACGGAAGACGUUCACGAUAUCGCCUGUAUGGGACAUCGAGAAAGAUGACGUGCAACAGUUGGUUCACUUCACGGAGGAAAAGGGCAACUUUUUCAGCUUGCUCGAGAACUCUCAGAUGAAUAUGAUCGAAGACAUCGCGGAGAACUGCCUGCUGGACGCGUCUUCGGGCUCGUACAACGACAAUGUGGCGAACGCGACGCCGCACUAUUUGAUGCUGAACAAGCAGAACUCGUUCGAGCACGACGAGAGCCUCGGCAUACUGACCCCGGACCAGAUGACCGACUUCACGGUCGCGUUGGAGUGCUCCAGGACGCCAUCCUGCGAAAACCUGACGGGAUCAGCAGCCUCGAGACUGGCGUUAACCCGCGCAUCCGCGUCGACACCGUCGCCGGAGGAGCUACCGUUGGACCCGAAGCCCGCGGAGCCGGUCAGGGCCUCCGACCCCAUCAGUUUCGUUACCUCGGUCACUAGUAUCACCAGCCUGGAGGCCGGCUACCAAGGCGACGGGGAGAACUCGAGGCCGGCGAGUCGUGGCGCGGAUCCUCCCUCCGUCGCGCCUCCACCGAACCUUCCCGCACCCUGCAGGCAAGACCCGAUGACAGACUCGGAUUUCUUCACGGAGAGCGACGCGGACGCGUACGAGGAGAUCGUGCGCGGCGAUAGGAAAGCCCAGGUGAUCGAUGGCACGCUGUUCUGCGCGCCCGGCGGACGGCGAUGUCCCAGCUUCACCGGCGAGGAGAUGGAUUCCAGUGGAAUCUAUUCGGACCUCGACAAGCGGCACGACGAAUUGCACGCGCCUGAGGAAGCGGCCGAGGAGAACGAGGACCGCACGCCGGACACCAUAGACACGGAGGUCUCUCAGAGGAGCCAACCGUCGCCGGUCAAGCCGGACGCCUCGCACGUUGUGAUCGAUUUCAUGCAGGUACCCCCGAGUCCUCUGGACGCCACGGGCGACUCCAGCGGAUCGAUCAACGCCACCGGCGAGAUCACGGUGAUCGAGGUGGAGAGGAACAACUACAAUCUGAGGGCGAAGGUGCAGAGUAAAACCGACGCGGUUCCGUUGAAAAAGUACAAAAUGCCGAAGAGGAACGUCGUGUCCAAGAUCAAGGCCAUGAUCGAGUCAGGCCCGAAGGACGAAGGCGAGAAGGAAGCUCGACGCUCGCAGAGGUCGUCCCGCAAGGGUGGCCGCUGGGACGCCGUGAUGAGCAAGAUCGAAGCUGGGAAGAACGAGCAGCGGACGAGGCCUGCUAGGAAAGAGGUAAAGUCGCGGGUGCUGCAGAGCAUCGGCCAACCACCUCCCCCGGGACCGAAGCAAAAGAAAGCUGGCGAUGCCAACAAUAGGAGAACGCGGGGACGGCAGGACACGAAAUCGCCGACACAAGAAACUGCCAGGAGCUCUGUACGUAGCUCCUUGAGUGACCUCAGCACUGGGCCUAACAAAGAUGCGUCAAAGCGAUCACCGACGUCGGCGAACCCGCCCAGGAGGCUGGUGGCGAACGGCCGCAACAGCCAGCAGAGCCGCGUCAAUAGUUUCGACAACAAGAAGAGCUGCGUAGAAAUUUCGACGAUCAGUCUCGAGAAGAGUCCGUCAGCGACGCGAAAGCCGGCAACCAGGAGAUUAACGAGCACCGUCCCGGCAGCGAAGCACGGUUCAACGACAUCGUCGAAAGUUGCAGAUCGGGAGACCAAGGAACACGGAUAUCCGGUGAGCAGGCCAUCCCUGGAGACGCGGGACCAGGCCGCGCAAACCGACAUCCCCUAUGAAGCGAACCGCGCGAAGAGGACCGACCAGAUCGUGCAGGCUCUCUCCGUCACUGUCCAGUAUUUGGCCUACGAGUUGGACGCGUUUUCUACCCCGAAGCUAAAAAAAGAUUGCGCGAACAUGAAAAAAGAAUGGAUGUCGACCUGCACGGAGAUCGAGGAGCUGAGAACUAGAAACCUCGGCAUUGAAGAGAGGCUCGAGUCGGAGAGGGAGAAUCAUCGGAGAGCCUUGGACCAGCUUCGCGAAGAUCUUGAAGCACGCCACGCCGAGCAGAUAGCGACCCUGGAAGCGGCGCUGCAGGAGGAGAGGCGCAGGUUCGAGUCGAGGCUAAGGGACACGCUGAACGAGACGGCGAAGGAGCACCGUGCAGCGAUGGUGAAGCUGCGAUCGGAGCAGGAGGCCGAGUACGCGAGAAGGGAGUCGGAGCUGAAGAGGAGAUCGGUGGUGCACGACCAAGGAGCCGCGCUGACGGCGGAGGUCGAGUCGCUGCGAUCGGUGCUGGAGAUCCGCAGCCAGGAGAACGCGGCGCUGCGCUCGGAGCUGGACAACAUCAGGCGAGAGAUCGAGGACAAGGAGGCGCUGCAGCAGCGGGUGGACACGCUCGAGGCGAGAUGCGAGGACCUGAAGGCGCAGCUGCAGUGCAAGGAGUCGCUCGAGAGGCAGAUCUCGCACGACAACGAGGUGCUGCACGAGUCGAUCCACCAGAUCUCCAAGCAGAACAAGCGGCUCGCGCAGAGGAACGAGGAGCUGCAGUGGAGGUUGCGUCAAAAAAACGAAGUGGUGACCGUUCUUGCAAACCUGACGCCUAGGCUGUCGCGAUCGUUGGGCCCGGAGCAGGUGGAGCACUCGCUCUCACCGGACAAGAACGGUCCCCAGUCCUCGUCGAUGGUGAAGUUCAUGGUGGAGAAGGGCGACUCGGUCUCCUGGACGCUGGAGAUCGACGACGAGUUCUCGAAGAACGGGGCGGACGGCUCGCUGGCCACCCCGCCGAAGAUGAGCAGGCCGGAGUCGGCGUCCGUCGCCAGGCAGGGCUCGCUGAGACUGGCGCCCAGGAGGUCGUCGGUCGACAUGCGCGCCAGGUCGAAGAGCAUCUCCGUGACCGACUCCGCGAGGGUGGAGGAGGCGGCUUGGUCGCCCACCUGCAACUCCACGCCGAUCGCCAGACGAAGACCCAGGAGCGACCCGUCGUCCUCCUCCUCGUCGACCUCGUCGUCCUCCUCGGCGUCCUCCUCGUCGAACUCCGCGGUGGCGGUCGCGCUGGAGGCUGCGGCGGCGGCCGCCGCGGCUGCCGACGACUGCGGCACCGGCCAGAGGCCUCAGGAGGCCGGCGGCGAGGCGAUGAUCUCCGAGGAGGCCUCGGCGACCAGCAGCGAGGACGAGUCCUCCACCAGCAGCGACAUCCCGCCUCUGCCCAUCCAGUUCGCCUGGGGCAAGCCGAUCAAGUAACGUUCUAGCGCGGCCCGAUGUCCAGCUUUCCUCGCGGCCAGGGAUUUGCUUCUUUGAUCGCGAACACUCUCUCACCGAUUGACCUCGCGACUAGCUCGGAGAACUUGGGCUUGUGCGGUCGCCAUGACGUGCGCUGCGCUCGUUACGAUCGAGGAUGAUGACAAUGAUGAUGUUGAUGAGAUGAGAUGAUGAUGAUGCUUGUUUCCCGGGUGUAGGGCAAGCAGGAUCCUUUUGCGCAACGGGUCCUGGUUCCUUGCCGGUGCCGAACGCUUUUGGAGAACGUUGUACGCGCACUUUUUCUAUUACAGUCUGUACCUGUUAACUUGUAUGUUCUGUCGCGUCGGUGGGCUUUGGGCAGUGCGACUCGCGCCGUGGACGCGUGCGCUUGGCGGCGGGCACGGGGCAGCUUCGAAGCGUCUGCAAGGUGCGACGCGCGAGCCGGUAGUCGGGUAAACCGACCAACUCCUCUUUGAACUCCCGUAUUGCUAGCUUUGCUACCGCAGAGUGAGAAUCUUCUAUUGAUCUCGCGGAAAUUGCAAUCGCUGUUGGUUACUUUAAGGCUGCACCUGUAACCACCAGGUAAAACGGAUUGCAUAGUAUUUGUUUGGUUCUCCGUGUAAGGGGAAGUUUGAGACAUCAAUGUGUACCAUCGAAUCAUUUUCCUGUACUGUUCGGAGUUGGUCGUUCGGCGGACGAGUGGCUCGCGCGUCGCUGACGCAUCGAUACACCGAGUUUCGUGAAGCCUGCAUCAGUUUCUAGGCCUCUGUACAUUGUGAUACACGUUGCCGACACUUGGACACCGUCUGCGCCACUUCAGCUAGCCUCUACACUUCCGAUUCUCUUCAGUUCAGCCUAUGAUAUCGACGCGAUUCUAAACGACUUGUUCUGUAGGCUUCUAAUUCGCAUCGAGACACGUGUAUCGUGAAACUUGGGUACACCGAUGCGUCACCGAGCAGACGCAUCAACGCGUGGAGGCUGUUAGAGCUGCGAACGAUGGCGGAAUCAGGGUCAUAACGUUCGGAUUAGAAUUGCAUACGAGGCUCUCGGUACCUCGAGACGAAUGUCGGUGAAGGUUGAAUUAACGAGCGUCGUCUGCUAGGAACGAUCGCAGAGACUGCCUCCGGUCCUCCGCGAUCCGAACGAGAGAGCAUAAACGAUACCGUUAACAAAGUCGCUUGAAGAAUUCACUUGAGCUUAAACGCGGCAGCUUGAGCGCAUGCUCCGACCGCCCUUGUCCUCGCCGCCGACUGGACACCGAGGUUCAGGCCGUUCGCGCGACGAGAGCGAGACACGAACGUCGAAGACAGAGAGGUUUAGUCCUACCUAAGCGCUAUUAGAUUAGAGACGAUUUUUACAGUGUGCAAGUGAUAUUGUCGAACGACUCUUCCGUUGCUGCGAUCACCGGGCUGACACUUUCUUGCGUAUCUUGGUUUCACGACUCGGCCGCUUCCCAACAGGUUUUCUAAUCGCCUCCCGCGGCAGGGGAGUUCCGGCCAGCAAGAAGGGAAGGGAUCUAUUUCGAGGGGACUUUCACGUUAGUCCUUUGUCACCAGUAGCACGAUGAAAGUGUCGUCAAAAUAGGGUACUAAGGCGCGUCGACCCUCGUGAGGCGGUCACUCGAGUCCAGGGUUCGGCUCCGCAACGGUCGUGGCUCGGCGUGAAGGUACUUUUCGUUCUGCCACUUGUGUGUCGUUCGGUUGAAGUCUUCGUUGAUUGAAAUUCUAGCAACAAGUAGAAUAUUAGGUGUAACCGUCGUAGCGCGGAUUCGUGCGUUCUCGGUAGGCAAGGUUCGUUCGUCGUGACGCGAACAGUCGCUAGCUUGGCUCCGGAACCUUGUGUCCGCCGAUCGAGGCCGAAUGGGGGGUCCGAUGCGACCUUUAGGCUAGAGAAAAGUGCGCGUAGAGAUUUGACCGAAGUACUUCUCGUCGACCGUCGACGAUGGAAUGUUCACGGGCUACCGGCGGUGAUUCACGAGGCCGCGCGUCUCUCGGGACCGGACCGAACGCGCGCAGGCCUUCGGGGCCUGGCGUCGUUGCAGCUGCCGACGCUUUCGGGAGAGGUCCUGUCGCGUCCGAGCAACCGGGACGGCUUCGCCGAUCGGAUCACGCGGGGGACCCGACGGUCUCUCGGCGUGGACUGUGACACACCGUGUUUGUUUGAUUCGCGACACUUUUACACAUGUCCGUUUUAUAAUGUAUAAUGCGUUUCUAUUACGUCUGUACAUAAACGACAACGAUGUUUAUAAAUUAAAUUAGUCUUUAUCGCAGACAUUGUACAUAAACAACGCGACCGUCUGUCGUAGCGGUGAUCCCCGACGAAGGGAGGAUGGAUUUCAAGGAAGGACCGAGGGAAGGAGGGAAGGGAACGUCGAUACACCAUUCGAGAACACUAAUUCGUCGUUGAGAUACAUAAAUAUAUACACGUACAUGUAUACAGCUUACCGAACAGUACCGGUUUCAUUGCGGCCCGUCGCGUUCGGGACUCGCGACUUACGACUUCUCCUUCUUGCCUGUUGAACAUCCCCGCGGUUCGAUGCGUGGACGCGUUUUACGAUUUCGGGACUUGCGCGUGAAACGAGUUUUCGUAACGUUUGACUAUUUUAUUGCGCCCCGUUCACACGAGCACGGGAAACCAUCUCGUGUAAGUCUGUGUGUGUGUAUUCGUUGGUACUCUUUCCUCCGCCGGGGGAAGAGUACGCUGUGAUGUAACGGACUCGCUCGCGAGAGGAGCUCCGCCGAGUCGCGUGCGUUUUGUGUGUUGCGCCGCGCCCGAAGAGUUGCGCUCCAGUUUCGUUCAACUUUUUCAUGCUGCGACUACCGGUCGAUCGAAGUGCUUUGUUCUCGAGUGAUCGUUCGAACGACGGAUGUUUCUUUGAGAUAUUGAUGACCGGAGAGAUUGAUUUCACGAAUGAAUCAAUGAGGAAUUUUUUCAUGAUGCGACUACCGGUCGGAACGCUUUGUUCUCGAGUUCUCGAGUGAUCGUUUUAACGGCGGAUGUUUCUUUGAGAUAUUGAUGACCGGAGAGAUUAAUUUCACGAAUGAAUCCAAGGGAUCUUGAAAUUUGUACGGAGCAGUUGGGCAAAGUCGACUCGACUGUUCGCAGUAGUUGCAGCGUCGAGGACCAGGUGAUAGAAACUUUGCUAGAAAUUUCUUUGACGUACCGUUUCUGUUUGUACACGUUUGGUUUACGUGAAAUUGUAACGCGAAGCGAGCUUUACAGGGCGAACAGCAGCGGGAUGCGACUCGCGGCCUCUCCGCUGGUGAGCGAGUCGAGCAUUUUAUUGUCCGCGAGACGACACGAUUCAUCUCUGUAAUUGCCCCCGAUUUUCUUGAUGCGAACUCGGAUUCUACAGCUGCGCUGACGGCGUUUGCAGGUACCGCUUGUACCGAUUGCCGCGUGUCGAGGAGUGAGUCGAGCGUGGAAGCGCCGAGGAAAGGAAAACCAAGGAAACAAUGAAUCGAAACACUCCGUUCCACGGACAACCGAAGAAAAACAAAGUAUGUUCGGUAGCAGUAGUAUAGGAAUAAUUGGAAGGUGUCGAAUUAUAAGGAAACAGCAAGUAUUAUUCGCCGAGAAGUGUGUGUUUCUCUCACAUGUGCUGGCAAAUUCAAUGUAUUAUAUCUAUCAAAUAAAUAUUAUCUGAAUUAA